CAACACGAUUGACGUCACCGAGCCAUCUUUGUCCACCUCUAAUCCAGCCGGCUGUUUAUUACACCUUCAUUACCGCACGGACACGGACAGCGCCGGGUUCUCCACUAGUUAGCCUGCAGAAAUAGGAUAAAAAAAGGAGGUUUUUGUACACAUAUCUCAGUGGCAGACACAGAGCCAGUGCUCCUCCUCGGCUAUAUAGGCAGGGAAACGCCACAAUAAGCCAACCAAAAGGGUGCCAGAGGGUUAGAGAGAGGAGCGCAACAAGAAGGCACAUCCACAUCCAUCUGCCAGCCACUUAGGACGCGCUAACAUCUCCAGUCCGGUUCUCAGCACACAGCUGCACAGCACAAUAUACUACCAGGAAAAUGUCUGCCCCAGCUGGAGCCCCCGCAGAUGCGAAUCAGCCCCCCAACCUCACCAGCAACCGUCGUCUGCAGCAGACACAGGCACAAGUGGAUGAGGUGGUGGAUAUCAUGCGUGUAAACGUGGAUAAGGUUCUGGAGCGUGAUCAGAAGCUGUCAGAACUCGACGAUAGGGCUGACGCCCUGCAGGCUGGAGCCUCUCAGUUUGAGACCAGCGCUGCAAAACUGAAGAAUAAAUACUGGUGGAAGAAUGCCAAGAUGAUGAUUAUCCUGGGUGUGAUAUGCGUGAUUGUCCUCAUCGUCAUUAUUGUGUACUUCAGCACCUAAGAAGAGUUGCUCCUACCCCAGUCUAAUCCUUCCUUGCUACAGAAAAGAAAAAACCCUCAAAUUGAUUACAAAAUUAUCCAUGAUAAUUCAUUUAUUAUAUAUAUCUCCCGAUUAGCCUCGAUAUAACACCCCUAAACCUUCAGGGCCCCAUGGCUCCCCCACUUCCACCACCUCGCCUCUGGACCCCUGUCAAUAUUUGUCCUGUGAGUGUGUGGCCCUGUCUCCUUUCUGGGUACUCUUGGCUUUUCUAACCUGCCAUACUGAGAACCAAAACACUUGUGACGAUGCAACAAACAGAAAAGGAAACAAACGAUUGGCGAUAAUUGUUACAUAACUGAUAUAUAUAGUUCUUUGUAGAGUUUUAUUCUGAUAUAUACUGUUUUGUAGGUGUGUGUGCGUGUGCGUGUGUGUGCAUUUUGUAUUUUUUAAUUUUUUGUAUUAAUUUUACGUAUGCUUCAGCGUUAACUACUGCCUAUUAAUCAAAAGUGUGUAUCUUGCAUGUUAUCAUCAUCUGUCUGUCAACCUGCUUACUCUCUCUCUCUGUCUCUCUCUUUUCGGUGUGUUUUUUGCACAGUGGAGUUUGUCUCCAUUUCACUAUGGACAUUUUGAUUUUCGAGUUCAUCUGUGUUACUCGUGUCAACUAAGAAAGUCCAAAAUAUGUCAGGGAACUAAAACUUGUACUAAGAAAAUAUCAAGUUACAGAAAUUUGAGCUAUCACACCGACAAAACUGCCCAUGAGAGUUACUCUUACUUCAGCUCUAGAUUUCUAUAACUUGAUGCCAGCAUUCAAUUUCAAGUUUUAGCUUCUUUGCUGGCUUUCUGAGAGAGUAAAUGCUCACCGAUAUUGAUCAAACAUCCAAAUAAUGCAUGAAUUGUUAAACUAACCCCUAGUAAUCAUCAUUCCCCAGCCCUUUCCAUCUGAACCUCCCAGUAUUUGUGUCAUUUCUCUUUCUCCAUUUCACAAUAACGUUCAUCUCUAACACUCUUCUGUCUGUCGGCAUGCUUGAACACCUCGAUUUCUUCUGCUAAUUUCUAAAACUGCCAUAGUACAGUCGGACCAAUGUCUGUAGAUGUUUCUUUUUUUAUUUAAAUAUUAACGUAGUGUCUUAUUUCGAAAACAUUCCUUCAUUGCAGUCUAGUGCAAAUGGUCUUACCGUAGCACAUGUAAGUGUAAAGUAUCUUUAACUAAAAAAAAUAAUAAUACACGCGAUGAAACUUGUGUCGAAAAACGUCGGUCAUACAAACCAUAGGAGAAAAAUAGUUAUAGUUAAUAGCUGUAAGGAUAAGUUUUGGAUUAGACUUUCAAUCUGUCCAAAUGAUUUUCUUUUGUAAAAAUGGGUGAUGUUAUCUUAACAUUACACUUACAGUAUACUGUGGAGAUGUCAUUAAUGUCAAACUGUGGAUAUGGGCUUGAAAAAACAAUUCUAACGCGAGGUGAUAAAAAUGGGGCCGUUGCGUAAAUAGAUUAAUUUCCAUAAAGCAAAUACUUACUGGCCCUACAUGGACACUGUAAAGCCUUAGUCUUCAGUCACUUCUAUUAGUUACUGUAGGAUAUUACCAGUCAAACACACCCUCGUACAUUUAGUCCGUGCAGGGGGAGUGGCUGACUGAAGAAAACGGAAUCUGUUUAAAAUGCACAAAUAACCUUGUUUUUGAUGGCGCUGUCUGGCUGGUCAAUAGCCUGGCCAAAAGGAGAUCCUCGUGCAGCAAAACCUCUCCACAAGAAGAGCACAUUAAAAAAGACAAUUCCGCCUUAUUCGCUAAUCCAGGAACAGGGACCGAGGCUAAUGAGGAAAAAAAGAAAAAAAAGUCAAAUUCACAGUUGAGUUUUAGGUCAGCAACUUUGGGGUAGGCUCAGAAAUAUACUGUCAAAAGGUUAGCGACGAGAAAGCAAUUACUCAAAAAAAUAGCAGCGCUCCUAAGAAGAGUGUUUUGCUAGCGCAGUGGUUCUGUCUCAGUGUUUCUCCCUAUAGUUAAGGCCUUUUUGUUUUCUUUUUUAAAUAUAAUAGAUUCUAUUUUUAUUAUAGUAUAUUUUUGUGUGAAACAGACAGGUAAAGAGGAAGUGUGCAAUCAGUGCUAUUUGCUGCCGACAGCAGCGAGCUCCUCUUUACCUCUGUCUGGCGUGUUUUUUGUAAUUCAGCUCCGUGCGUUAUACACUGCCAAGCAACAAGGGAGAGGCUUCUAUUCUUAUUGCAGUCGUUUCUUUUCAUCGGUGCCCUCGCUGGUUUUGGUCUUAAAAACAUCCUUUUACAUGUUUCCAGCAUUGACUAUACUACCCUUUUGGCUACCUUAUGAGCAGGAGAGCAGGGCAAUAUGAUGCACUUGCUUUUUGUUAAUGCUUUGUCAAACUAAGGCCUUGUACACAUAAAAAAAAAAGAUCUGAAAUUGUUGGAAUUUCAGUUAUUCAAUUAAAUCUCUGUCUCAUGAAACGGAAGAUUUCCAAGUGUGCAGGAACAAGGAAGCGACUCAGCUCAUGCUCUACUGCCAUUAAUGUCAUUGUUAACAAUCCUAAAAUGUAUGCAUUUUGAUUUCAGAUCUUACAGUAGACUGGAAAGAUAAUGAGACCAUGAAACUACCAACAAUAUUUCAAAGCAAGUGUGUGUAAAGCCUUAGUAGCCUUUUCAACAUGACUUCUUAUCUUCCCCACCAGCUGAGUAGACCAGCCUGCCCCCCCUUUUGCUCAACUCACUGAUUCAGAAUCCUACAGUGUGUGUGUGUGCGUGUGUGCGUGUGUGUGUGUGCCUGUGUGCGUGCAUGUGUGAGUGCAGGUGGAUCAAUGUGUGUGUGUGUGUGUGCUAGAAUAGCUCUGUGUUGGGAAUAUCCCCGGUUUAUCCCGACAGAUUAGGCCGCUUAAAUCUCAGAGUGAGGGCACGUUGUUUCCUUGACCACUGAAGCGCAGACAGUUUCACAGAUCUGCCGGCCAGCUCUAUUAGGAAGGACCCGAACCUUAACAAACCCUCCACCCUACCCCCUCUACCUAUUUUUUCCUCCAAAAGUGAACUGCAGAAGAUUACCAAAGACCAGAUUUCCAUGCUUACGCUGCCAAUUGCCAUCAAAAACAAGCGGAGAGAAACAGGUUAUCCAAACUAUCGAAAGUCUGUUUUAAAUACCUUUACCCUAUUUAAUCCACAGAUUACAGGACCAUUACACACUACUUAUACGGUGUGUCAGUUUGGCUUGUGAGUGUGCCAUUCUAACAUAUGCAAGUUAAACCAAAACGUAAGGGCCGCAUGCUUCAAAUCUCAAACACAGUCCGCCCCACCAUCCAGGUCCGAAGAAGAGCCUCUUUAAUCUGGAAAGUUUUUAGACACACGAUCCUAUAACUAAUAAUAGCACAACUCUUCUUUUUUUUUGUGUCUCCAUAGUGCUGCCAAGUUCUAAAAUGAUAUAAAAUAACUAUAGCUAUUAAAGAUAAACCUAGAAAAAAUGUUAUAAAAAAUCUGCAUUGUUUGGUGUUGUAAUAUGGGGGUGUUUUGGGGGGUAGGGGGUCCUAUAUCCUCAGGUUUAAGGUAUUAUUUACCAAAAUAUAUAUAUGAGGACAAAAUCUAUAUUAGCAAAGCAAUGUAAAAUUGGGUUUUUGGCAAUAGAAAAUCAUUAUAGGGUUACAAAUGUGGUCCUUUUAGCCAUCCUACUGAAGUGAAAUAACACUACUGAUUGGGGUAGGACUUCUGUGUUAUCCAUGAAUCCAAUCUGUUGCGAGUGCUCAACCAAUUUGGUCACAAUAGUGAAUAUGAAGUGAGUGCUCUGUUUUUUUCUCUCCUGUUGCUUUACUGUCCGUAUGAAAAGAAGUGCGUAUAUAUUUUAACACCGUGGCACUUUUUUUCUGUUGUGAUUCAUUCGUUUUGGUGGGAUGGGAACACGAUUCGGUGGAGAAUAUUGUCUUUAUGUCAACCUUAAGAAUUGUUCAGUGAUCUCAACGCUACGUUCAAGUCAUUUGGGGGGGUGAUCCGAAAUGCAAGUUGCCAACACAGGAAAAAAUGUUCAGACCCUCUUCCAGGUUUGAAUUAUAACUUGUGAAUUUGUAAUUCAAACUUGGAAGGAAACAAGCAGAAAGAAAGAGACCAAUCUUUCAAAAGGCGUCAUUUAAUAUGUGCAGAGCAGGAAAUAUUCCCCAAUGUUAACCGUCGCCCCCAAAUGGUAUGAAAGCAGCAAUAGGAGGGAACCUUUUGAGUCUCUGAAUGGUCACUGGAUGGCUAUAAUUGUACAAUAUUCUACUUAAAAUAUAUGUUUUUAUUUUCAAACCAAAUAUUGUGUUGUUUUUUUCUUUUGCAUCAAUUUAGUAAUAACUCCAGAUGUCACUGAAUUGUUUAUAUGUAAGCACUGAUGGGUAAAGGUAAAGAAAAUGGGGAAGUUAAUGGGAAAAAAAAGUAUUUUUACCUUCAAUUGUCCAGAAUGCUUAGAAUGAUUCUACAGUUUACAUCAGAUUGCCGUUUGUAUCUACAAGAUCUAUUUUUUGUUUAAAUCUGUUUAUUUUUGAGGUAAAGAUUUUGAUUUCUCUUUGGGACUGGGGUUUCUGGGAUGAAGGCCCGUAUUGCCCCUGGUCGUCUGGCCUUACAGGAGGGACAGGACUGGAGGAUCACGGGCAAUGUGCUCAGUUUUCUUUCUUACUUUAUUUUUCUUUUCCUUUGCUUUUUAUUUAUUGAUAGAUUUAUUGUGCUGUCAUUUGGUAUGGGAUUAGAAAACUAAACAAGGUUGACUCAACGCAAAGAAGAGGAGACUGAAUGAAAAACUAAAGUACAUAAAAUAAUUGUAGUGUAAAUCUAUCAAUGUCUUAUUAUAUUGAUGAACAUCAUGAAAUAUAUGUAUAUUGGAAAAACAGUAUCUAUGACAACUUGUACUUUUGUGUGUGCUUCACGUGCUUUGUGGGUGUGCAACAAUGGGCAGAUGCAAUUUUGACCGCAAUUCUGGGACCUUAUCUGACCUGUAUGAAUAAGCAUAAAUUUAUUAUCAAUACAAA